AUGUCCCAGCUGGUGCCUUCGCCUGGCUCUGCUGCUGCUUGUGUCACUGUCCUGCUCAGCUGCGCCUGGCUUGGCUCGGCCACCCAAUUCUCUCCAAUGCGUGACAAAGGGCGAGUCUUGAUCCCACUCACUCCCCAAGAAGAAGCCACGUGCCCCAAGGCCUCUGUGGAAGGUUUUCUCAACAGCACCCUCACCACCCGCCUCCUCCCUGCCCUCUACUCUGUGGUCCUGCUCGUGGGGCUGCCAGCCAAUGCUCUGGCCUGCUGGGUCCUGGUGACCAACUUCAGGAGAUGUUCCAGCACCCUCUUCCUGCUCAACCUGGCCACUGCUGACCUGCUCUUUGUCCUCCUGCUGCCCUUCAAGAUCUCCUACCACCUCUUGGGCAAUCACUGGCUCUUCGGGGACUACUUGUGCCGCACCAUGGUGGCCUUCUUCUAUGGGAACAUGUACAGCUCCAUCCUUUUCCUCACCUGCAUUGGCCUGGAGCGCUACAUUUCUGUGGUGCACCCAUUCCUGUGGAAGGGCUCCAGCUGGACGCGGGGCAAGGUGGGCAUCUGUGUGGGCAUCUGGCUGGUGGUGGGGCUGGGCAUGAGCCCUCUGCUUUUGCACCGCCAGACAAAGGACAUCUUGAGCCUGAACAUCACAACAUGCCAUGAUGUCCUGGAGAAGGAAGAACACAUGUUCUUUGUCUAUUAUUUCCUUUUCCUGGUGGGGCUGGGCUUUGGCUUGCCUUUUGUGCUCAUGACCAUCUCCUACAGCUGCAUCCUGGCACGGCUGCUGGCCAAGGGGAAACGCUAUGGGCAGGUGGUGCGUGUCCUGGCCCUGGUCAUCCUGGUCUUCAUCCUCUGCUUCACCCCCAGCAACGUGCUGCUUUUCAUCCACUACAUGCUGGAGGCCACAGGGUGCCACAACGUCACCUAUAUCUGGUACGCCCUGGCCCUACCACUUGGUGCCUUCAACAACUGCUUCGAUCCCUUUGUCUACUUCUACAUCUCCCAGGAUUUUCGGGGCUGGAUCCGGGAUGCAAGCGGCUGCUGCCCAGGGAACAUUAAGACCUCCGUGGGGAGGACCUCAGAAAAGACAGCCUUGCCCCUGAGGUCCAGCGAGCAGAGGCAGAUGUAG